GACUGAACGACUGGCCGGUCAGUUGACGGCCGCGGCGCGCGCAGAACGCGCGUGCGAAAAUUCCCGCCAUCCAGUGUUCGAAUUUUGAAACUUUUAUUUUUAUUCUGUGCUGUGUACUGUGAUCUUCAAUCCAACAAAGGAAUAUUCGACAAUAUCGAUGUUUGUGGGAAUGUAACCGAAGAUAUUUCUACGUGUUUUCUAAAUUAAUAAUUACCAUCGGAUAACUAAAGCCGCAAAAAUGUCCAACGGUAACGCAGGAGACACCACGAACCACGUGGAAAACGGCAUCAAUGAUGAAAUUCGCGGCACAACCUACUUCUUUUCCAGACCAAGGUCCAGCGCGACGCUGAAACAGAGGAUACAGCUGUUCUUGUCUAUCUAUUGGAAGUCUCUGUUGAUAGUGCUGACACCUAUUCUACUGUUGCCGAUACCCAUUAGGAAUAAUGAGCCGGCCUUCAAAUGCAUGUACGUCGUCCUUAUAAUGGCGACCUACUGGGUCUUGGAACUCCUCCCCCUGCCCGUCACAUCCAUGCUGCCCAUAGUCCUGUUCCCGACCAUGGGCAUCCUGGACUCGGACAAGACCUGUGCAGCGUACAUGAAGGAGACAAACAUGAUGUUCAUGGGUGGUCUGAUGAUCGCUGCCGGGGUGCAGCAUUCCAAGUUACCCAGGAGAGUUGCGUUGUGGACUGUGCAAGUUGUUGGAUGCUCCCAUAGAAGACUGAACUUCGGGCUAACGUUCGUGACUAUGUUCAUCUCGAUGUGGGUGUCGAACGCGGCCGCCACCACCAUGAUGGUGCCCAUCGUGGAGGCCAUCCUCGAGGUGCUGGAGUCCCAGGGGCUGGGGGACGUGUACGUCAACAGGAAGAGGCCGGAGAACGGCAAGGAGGCCAAGCCGAAGGAUGAGAAGACUGAUGAAGAAGCCCCGAUUCCGAGCGACAUCACAAUCUGCUACUACCUGAGCAUAGCUUACGCUUCUACCCUGGGUGGCUGCGGCACCCUGGUCGGAACUGCCACCAACUCUGCCUUCAAGGGGAUAUUCGACAGUGAGUUCCCUGAGAUCCACCACGCAGUGAACUUCUUCUACUUCAUGGCGUACAGCACGCCGCCCAUGAUACUGAUGCAGCUCCUAGUCUGGGUCUCCCUGCAGGUCACCUUCAUGGGCAUGUUCAGGCCCAACAGCGAAGCCGCCAAGAAGGUGCAGCUGGCCUCGGGCUCCAAAGCCACCAUGAAGGUCAUCAACGAGAAAUACAAGAGCCUCGGACCCGCCACCUUCCACGAAAAGGUUUCUGGCGGUCUGUUCAUCCUGGCGGUGUUCAUGUAUAUCUUCAGGAAGCCCGGCUUCAUGCCCGGCUGGGCCGACCUGCUCACCACCAUGAAAGUGAAAGACGGUGUGACGUCCAUGUUUAUAGUGGUCCUCAUGUUCAUCCUGCCAAUGUCUAUGGACUUCCUCAAAUUCUUCUCCUCUUCCGCUUCAUACGAGGAGCUGGCCAAGUCCAAGCCUUCCCCCGGCGUGGUCACGUGGAACAUCCUUAAGGAGAAGAUACCAUGGGGUCUGCUGUUCUUGCUGGGUGGCGGUUUCGCCCUCGCGGAAGGCAGCAAGGCGACCGGGCUGUCGUCCAUGAUCGGCAGCUCUCUGAGCGGGCUGCAGGGCCUGCCGCCGUACGUGGUGCUGCUGGUGGUGGUGCUGGUCACGCAGUUCAUCACCGAGUUCACCAGCAACGUCGCCAUCGCCAACCUCAUCCUGCCCGUGCUGGCCAAUAUGGCACGCACAUUGAAGAUGGACCCUCGCUACCUCAUGAUCCCGGCCACUCUGGCUUGCUCCAUGGCCUUCCACAUGCCCGUCGGGACUCCGCCCAACGCCAUCGUCGCCGGCGUCGCGCACAUACCCACUUCUAAGAUGGCCAUCGGCGGCAUCGGCCCCAAAAUCAUCACCACCCUCGUCGUAUGGGGCUCCUACCCGCUCUACGGCGACACCCUCAUCUUCAAGCGCGAGGACAUCGAAGCCCUCCACCUCUUCGACGACGCCCCCCAACCCCCCACCACCCCCAAGACCCCCGGCCUACAGCUCUCCUGUAAUAACACUACCACUAGUGAUAUCUUGAACGGUACCAACAGGUUUGGAUGUAGCUUAGCGCAGAGUAAUAUGGCGUUGAAGGGUCUAAUCAAUUGUGAGUAUGUGGCUAAGAGAUAAUUUGUGACGUCCCACAGGUAAAGGUACCUUAUAGCGGUUGGCGCUUACGCUAUUAUUAACGCCGCUCUAAUAUUAUUGCGGCGCUAUGCGACGUAAGCGCCAGCCGUCAUAAGCUACCUUUUGCCGUGGAACGACACAUUUGUGACGUUUUCAACCUAAAUGUUACAACAUUGUUGGUUGUCGAUAAGGUUCAUUUCAAAUUGAAGCUAUAUGGAAACAGCGCCUUAGGGGUUGUGAACAAAUCACCCUCCACCUUGGUGAUACCUAUUUAUAUUUGGUGAGGUUUUUGGCUACCCCCCUCCCCCCACAACAACCUCGCGUGUAUUCUAAGAAACAAACCUAUUACAUAUUUUCGACAUAAAUUUUGUAUGCAUUGAACAAGCAUUUUGUACUAGGAAUGAAGGGAUAAUUUUUUAUUCAAAUCAUUGUAAUGGGAUAUAUUUUUUUAUAUAUAUUUUUGUAUUUAUUUACUAAGGAUAUCUUCCAGUUCAUGUUUUAAAUCGGGGGAAACACCCUAAGCAACAUAUAGUUGGUCAAGCAGAUCUUGUCAGUAGAAAAAGGCGGCAAAAAUGUGGGCGCGAAGGGAUAUCGUCUCAUAGAAAAUUUGAAUUUCGCGCCUUUUUCUACUGACGAGAUUUGCUUGACCAGCUAAGUGAAACAUUAUACUGCAUGAUGGAUUGAUAUUUGGACGUAGUUAACAAAAAGGGGGCACCAUAAAUCUUGUCCUCAUGUUUUUGACAGUAAGUUAAGAUUGUAUUAACCCUUUGACCGCUAAUGGGCAAAGACGUCAAUGGACGUAUGCGCCUACAGCGCAAUAUCAGCCUUAAGACGAAACAGGAGCCGAGUUUUAAAUAUUUUAGGUAUAUUAGGAGCCGCUUCCGUCUUGCUAACGGAAGCGGCUCCUAAAACUAGUGCGAUAAGGACAAGGCGAAAAAUCCUGCGUAAAAAUCUCAAAAAUCGAGAUUUAGUACUCGACUGUUUCCUCCUCCAAAACUUAACUAAUCGUAACCAAAUUUGGAAAUGAUUAUGAAAUUAUCUGUGUCGGACCGUUUUGCUUUUUUGGCUAAUUGAUAUCAGUUUUGAAUACCACGCCUCUCAUUGCGGCAUAGUCAAUUAGGCCAUUUUGGCCAUUUUUGAAGGGCUCUAGCGCCUUAAAAAACAAAAAUAUCAAAAAAAGCAAAACGGUCCGACACAGAUAUUGACAAUAUUAAUCUGUGUUGAAAAAAUCAUUGCUCUAGCAUCAAAACUCACGGAGGAAAACGAGGAGUACGUUUGUAUGGAGAAAUGACCACUCCUGUUGGCUCUUAAUGCACUCCGUUAAGGUUCAAAGGUUUAACAGAUUUUGUGGGUUGGAUCCUUUUUCCUAAUUAUGUCCAUGUUGUCUAAAUAUUAAAAAUAGCAUUUACAUCUCAUGCCCACCGACACAGCGGUCAAAUUAAAUAAGCUACUGCCAGAAACGCGUAUGUGCGUUCUCAUUUUCAGUUCUAAAGUUUGCAUAAGAGCAUAACACCCUCUGACUCUCUCUAAUAGCAUUUUAUACAUGUCUAUAUCCUAAUGAUAAUUAUUUUCUCUACAUAUAUUAUACCUAUUGAUUCCUGUCACACAGUGAUUAUGUAGCUGAAUAAUUUUACUAUGGGGCAAUUUCCAAAAUGGCAAAAAUUUGCCAUUUUAUAUUUUGCCCGAUAUUUCCUAUGGCCUCUCACAUUUCUUUAUAUGGCCUACAUGUUUAUUUCAUAGAGUGAUUAACUUGUUGAAAACAACACCAUGUAUAUUAUUUAUAUUUUAUUAUGUAUGCCUUUAUGACCCGCUGUGAUGGAUUUAAUAUACAAUCCUAUUUCCGAAUGCUUUUGCUAUAUUUCAAUAGAUAUGAAGAAAAAACGAAUCAAUGGUUGAACUAUUCUAAUAAGUAGUUGAUAUUGAAGAGUACGUAGGUUCUAUUUUAUGCCAAAGAAUUAUUUAUUGUAGUAGAGUUAAGUCUAAAAAAAUCUUCGAAAUUGACUGCUGACAUAGAUGUCGCUUUACGGAUCCGUACAUUAUGGGGUUGUCAAAAGAGUUACCUCUGGCACAGAAUAAAUAAUAGUACUAGGUACAGAAGACCCACUCCCUAACGCGUCUGUUACGAUCAGGACAGAUAUGGCCGCUAGGUGGCGACAGCGCCACGCGCGGCUUAUGGUUAGCCACCAAAAUUGGUGUGGAACGGAUGUAUUUUUAGCUACCUGCAGCAAAGCGACGAAAUCGCGGAGUGAGCCACGUCUGCCUCUGGUCGCCGUAAAGUGCUAUCUACUCACGCUGUUUAUCUUAGACUUACCGUUCUACAAUAAGUAAGUCUUUGAUUUAUAUAUAUUUAAACGAAUUAUGAUUCAAUGAGUUUGGUGUAAGGGUUUACUGUUCUAUCCGCCUAAGGCCCAUUGUCCUACCUACAGUACUUAUUCAGUUCAAUGAAAUUUAAAUCAUAUUCGAUUGGAACAGAGUUGCUUUUGCUCUGUUUCGUUCAGAUUUUGAACAACGCAAAAUCAACUCUAUUUCCUAAGUUGUAGGUUCAAAUUUCUGUGGCAAAUUUUGCAUGGCUAUCUGGGUCUUAGGAGGCUAUACUCAUUUUAAUGAUGCUUUAUUUGGUGCCACAAUCUUGUUGAAAUUUAUGCUCAAAUAAUUUAAUUGAUGUGAAACUUCAAUUGAUAAAAAAAUACUGUAUUGUGUAAAUAGUCCGUCUAAAUUUCCUUCUCUGUAACGACUUUGACGAAGUGUGGGUGUACCAUAAUAAACGCCAUAUUUUCAUAGAACUUACGUUGGUGACAUUUACACACUUUAUCGUAGCAAAGUCUGUGCAGAGUCGGAGAUUGAGAGUUUUUUCUGAGCAUAUUGGGCCAUUGAAUAAUUUUACGGUUUAGACUCACUUGUUUUAAGUCACUCGCGCGACACGUUUCGGAGAGCCUAGGUCUCCUUUCUCAAGCACUAACAGUGCGGGCAGCGUUCACGACGGCCGUGUAUCGCGUACCGUACAAUUAUUCAAUGUUAGAAUGUCACACAACAGUUUAAAUUCCAUAUUGUGUCAAUUUGUUAUAGAAAAAGAAAUUAACAGUUAUAAAAAAAAUCUUAAAAAAGUGUUAAAUCCGAUUUAUAUUUCUUGACAGACCCUUGUAUACUUAUACAAUCAAGAUAAUAUAUAUUUUCGAAAAUACAUUGUGACAAAAUAUUUAAUUUUAUUAUUAGAAUCAGCCCGAAUAAUAGUCAUUAAAUGAAUAAGUUAUGUUAUGGUAGCAUAAUUGUGAUACCUGAAGCUGUUUAUAAUAAUUUUAUAUAUUGAGUGCCUUAAGAAAAUCUCUAUUUUUUAAACAAAACAGAAUUGAGUUGACUAUGGGUAUAUUGACUUGUAUAUUUUUAUUUGUAAUACAUAUUUAACCCUUUCGCCGCCAUUGACUUGAUAUAAAGUCAGUACAUAUCGUGCGCCACACGCCACGACUUGAUAUCAAGUCGUGGUUUUGGUCAGGUUUGUAUACGUGCAAUUUUUGACGUGGCGUUGAUGACACUCUAUUAUUUCAUUGACGUGGCGGCGAAAAGGUUAAUAAAGUUUGUCAGUAAACUCAAUUAAUACAAAUGUCCGAAGCUGCCAGAGAAAAAAAGUUGCAUUUCAGAACGAAAUUGUUACAAACAUAAUAUAAUUAUAUAUUAUAUACAUUUAAAUAGUUUUGUACAAGUGCAAUAAAUUUCAGGCGCUGUUGCGAGUUGCCAUAAUAAUAAGUUUCAAGACCAAAAUAUUUAGGACAGUAUUUUACAAGGCAGUGCAUCUCGCUCUUACUCAUACAGCAACAGUCCUUUUUCAACGCCACAGACGGCGAUUAACGCCAACGCGAAAUCGUGACAACUACGCCAAAUACGGCAUUUGAAAAAAAAACUUGAAAGCAGGUGUCAUCUAUUGGGCGUUAGCGUAUCGUUCACUAGGACCAAAGAGAUUAGAGUGUAUAGAGAGUUACUGUCAUGGUAAAUUAUGUAUCCACAGUAAAUGUACCGCCAUCUUUCGACAGAAGAUUAACCCACUUAUUCAUAAACGUUUACUAAAGUUGACAAGCCGAUAAUAAUCGUUUGUCCCUUUCCGACGUAUUGGUAUGAUGGAAAGGGUUGAAAACGAUUAUUAUCGGCUUGUCAACUUUAGUAAACGUUUAUGAAUAAAGGGGUAAAACUGUUAGAACGUCAUUUGAUUUUGACCCUUAUUCUUUCACUGAUAUGUGUUAAUUUGUUAAAUGUUUAAAUUAACGCCAUCUACUCGACAGUAGGCCGAAGGUUAUGGCGUCAUCGCUCGAAAAGAUUGCUCCAUACCUUUGGCCUAAUGUCGAGUACAUGGCGUUAAUUUAAAUAUUUAACAUAUUAACACAUAUCAGUGGAAUAAGGAUCAAAGUCAAAUGGCGUUCUAACAGUUUUAAUCUUCUGACGAAAGAUGGCAGUAUAUUUUACUGUGGCUUUAGUUUACAUUGACAAUCCGCCUCUAUUUCAAAUCUCUUAGCUAGAACGUUUAAGGUAAUAUAUGUCGGCGGCCGAUCGUAAGAUCAGGCAGAUCGUAAUGUUCCCGUGUAAUGUUUUGACGAUAGUCACAUUAAACGAAUAUAUAGGUGGAAUAGGUUCGUUAGGUUGCUUCAGAUGCCCGAAGGGCACACUGCCCAGAAAUAGGAGCCCCACGUGGCGGGGCUCCGUCUACUCAAAGAACGAGUCAAAGAUUUUCACGUUUCACGAUAUGCCUAGGAAUUUCACAAUAUCCUGAUCUUACGAUCGGCCGCCGACAUAUAUAAAACAGUGUUUAAGAGCGGAUAUAAUGCUGAAUCUGCGGCGGUAUCACGGUCGCAUUUUUAUCGCUUUUCACCAUGUCAGUCACGUUCUAACAAGUGUAAGUACGAAAGUGACGGGCAUAGUGACAGGUGAUAUAAACGAAACCAUGCUACGCCCGCUGGCCGUAUAUUUAUUUCAUGUCGAUGACAAAUAAUUGCAUUUUCAUUUGACAGUGAAUUUAUUUUUUAAUUAUUUUAAUUGAGCGCCUGACGUGUGAAUGUGAAGAUGUUUUUGGAGGCGAGAAGUCUCAGAACUACUGUAGAUAUAUUAUAUUGAGACGAUAAAUAAAUAUGUCUAGUUUUUGUACAAAUAUAUUUUUAUUGUGACAGUAAAAAUCAACUAACUUUAAACGGAGUAGUUACUAGUAUGUGAAGAAAAGUAUAUGGUGUUAUAAUGUAUAGGUAUAAAUGCCUAUAUUGUGAUCAUAUAUUAUUUGUUGUCUCAGAUGUAGAUGUAUUGAAAUUAUUUGAGGUGCUGACACAUUUGUAAGUUAUUUUUUGAACUCCACUUCAAAUUGUUUCAAAUAUUAAAACUCAUUGUGUAAAUAGCAAAAACUAAUUUGUAUUGUUGUUAUUUUAAGAAAUAAAUGGUUGAAAUUUUUA